AUCUUAUGCUAUGCAUAUGCAGUUAUGUCAAUUUGUGUGCGAUAGCCCUAAUGGCCUUUGUUUAUAGUUUAAUGGAAUACACGCAAUAUUAUCCCGCCAUUCUUUAAACACAUAACAGCCAAAAGUUAAAAAGAUGUUAACAUGCAAUCGAGAAAAUAUCUCCAGUUAACAUUGGCUAUACUCAAACCGCAUGUUGUCAAAUCCCCUUUCGCUCUUGAGAAAAUCCGCGGUUUAAUAAUUGACAAUGAUUUCAAAAUUGUCAGAUCGCGCAGGACGAUUAUUUCUUAUAAAGAGGCUGAAUUGUUUUAUAAGGAGCACAAGGAUAAAUUCUUUUAUAAUCGUCUCCUUUCGUUUAUAUGCAGCGGACCAUCUGACAUAUAUAUUUUAGCAGCACACGACGCCAUUAUCAAGUGGCGUCGUGUAAUGGGUCCUACUAAAGUUUAUCAAGCACAGUACAUUGCGCCUGAUACCAUUAGAGGGAUGUUUGGAUUAUCAGAUACUAGAAACGCCACUCAUGGAUCCGAUUCGGCAGAAUCCGCGAAAAGAGAGAUAAGUAUAUUUUUUGAAGACUUUAACACAAAAAGUUGGUAUGAAAAUGAAGAAUUAUUUUAUAAUCUAGGAAGAUUGCAUUUUGAUCCAGCAUCAUUUGUACAUGUCAUUGAUAAAAGCUUCAUGAAAGUGCAAAAUGGGCGAGUUAUAAAAUAAUCGUUUUCAUUUUCUCCUUCUUUCACAUUUGUGUGGUUUCCUAAAUUUAAAUAAAAUUUUAUUUUUUUUAUUCACUCGGAAAUUUAUCAUUUAUGCAACUGUAUGCUUUUAUAUACAAAAAUAUCAACAAAAUUAAAU